AUCGUUUCAAAGUACUGUUAACAACAGCUAUCCAGAUCCACCAUCCAUUGAACUCUCAACAAAAAAAAACGACAAAUUUCCAUUUGAAUAUUGCUCUAUUAUCGGGUCAGAAUUAAUAUACUACUAAGCUGCGGCGUUGCAUUCUACUAUAAUAUCUUAGAAUUGUACCCUUUGUCCUAUUUUUGACCCAACCCAAAUCCUACGGGAUGGGUUGAUUGCGAUAUUUGAAUCAUGACUUUUUAUAAACACCUCUAAUGAUCAUUUUCCCAGUCUAAAGAUGACUUUUUUUAAUGUUUGUGCGUUUAGUUCUCCCUUCUUUUGAACUUUUAAUUUCUUAUUAUUUAUGAAAAUUAGUUAGAGUUUUUAAUUUAUUAAAAAUUGAAACUAAUGGAUAACAUUUAUAAGACGUGAAUUUGGGGGGUUUCGUUCCUAAUAACAAUUGUUAAUUUAAUAAAAACUAAUGGAUAAAUUUGGAUAUGGUUUCAAAAACCUGAAGACAUUAAUGGAUUACAACUGAAAAGGGAAUUUCGGUGAAUGGCCAAAUUGAGAAAGUGAUAAUUGGAAACAAAGGACGCAUUUUAAAAAUUUAAGAUAAACGUAAACGUGCCACGAAGUUAUGCCACGUGGCUGGGCGGGAAAAGGUGGUUUGCUGCCCGGCAGCAUCUAAGUUUUCUUCGAUUUUUAGUAAGUGUUUUUUUUGGGGGGAAUUACAAGUGUAAAUAGUUUGUAUCGAAACCUCUUUUUUUAGUGCGUGUUCUAUGACCAACGGUGGAAUUCUGGUUUUGGUGAGUCUGGUUCUCACCGGAAAAAGGAAAAUGGAACGGCAAUUCCUUUUUUGUGUGGUUCCACCAAUGCAAACAAUAACCGAUUGAGGAUUAAAAGUAAAAUUCAUUGCCAACAUAGUAUGAGAAGAAGGAAACUUGGACGUAAACGGCAAGAUUUCUCCAUCUUUUCGCCGUUCCUCGCUGUCAUCGCCAUCCAUUCUUGUUCUCCAUUCGUCAUAAUAUGAACCUUUGACAAUUCCUUGAACGCAUUUAUAGAAAACCCAUCAGCCAAAUACCCUGCCGUUGGUAAUUUCAGUUCUACAGAUCAGAUGGGCCGGAGGCAAAGUGACGCCGUCCGUGGUGUUUGUGCGCUUACAAUCGUCUUCCUCAUGGGUAUUUCUUCCUGCUUUAUGGUCUAUCGGUGCUUAAUUGGGUCUAUUCGGCCGACUUCCGUCGAGGUUUCUUCUACUUCCGAUUUUGUUAAUAAUGGCGGUGUUUUCAAGAGUGGGGAGCACAACGAAGAGUGUUGCCGAGGUAUUGAUCAUUUGGAGCUGUGGGGAGAUGCUGUGAAAUGGGGUUCUGAUUUUAAGCUCAAUUCAUCGAGGGAGUGUUGUUUGGCUUGCAAAGCCAUGUGUGAUGGUCACAGUGGACUGUGUUGGUGUGAUUCUUGGGUGUUCUGUGGUGAUUCCAAGGCUUGCGGACCACAUUUUGGUGAGUGCUGGUUGAAGAAACAAAAGGAUAUUUUGAGCCCUGACAUAAGAGCCUCAGGAGAUCAAGUCAUGUGGACUUCUGGCCUCAUGUUUGGGAAAACUGAGGGAAUAAUUCGCAUGGAGACAGAGUAUGGAUCCUUUCGCAUUAAGCUUUUUCCUGACUGCGCUCCUCAUUCUGUGAACUUUAUUCUCGAGCUCUUAGCAUUGAGCUCUUAUGUUGGUUGCCAAUUUCAUCGUGCUGAAAGUCGCGGAACCUUCUGGUUUUCCAAUGGGGAUCAUAUCGACAAUGCUCCAUAUGGUCCUCCUUUUGCUCUAAUCCAAGGAACUCUUGAAGCACAUGGAGUCAUAUUCAAGGAGAAUCCCAAGGAAGAUUGUCCAGCCAUUAGAAGAGGAUCCAUUGCUUGGGUUGGUUCAGGCCCGGAAUUUUUUAUCAGCCUCGCCAACCACGACGAAUGGCGUAAGGCGUACACUGUGUUUGGUUCUAUUCUUCCAGAAGACAUGGAAAUGGUAGAGAAAAUAGCACAGCUUCCUACAAAAUCCGAGAAUUGGUAUAACAUAAAUGUCUCUGUUUUGGAAAAACCAAUUCCUUUUCGAUUAAAAAGAACGAAGACUGACUGAACUAUAAAAUAGAAAUUUUAUAUGCCGAUUUUCAAGAGGGUCACUUUCCUUUUCCAUUUUGGCCAUUUGGAGAGAGAAUGAGGAAUCUUUUCAAUAUAACUGAUUUGUGUUAUCGUACUUUUGUAUAAAACUAAUUAAUUGCACUACUUGUCUAAAUUGUUUAUUGGGGCAUUUAGAUGAGUUUAUUAAUUAAAUUGAUUGUUGUUGUUA